CUGUAAUAAUAUCUUUUUUCAAUUUUCAUUUCAGUUGGCUGUUGGCACUUGACGGUUCUUUCGUGACUUACACAAUUGCAGCGUAUAUUAUAUAAUUUUUUUCUUUUAUAAAACCGUAUUCCUAAGUUACUACUUAGUAAACUGCAUAGCAUUUUUACUGUGCAUUGUUUUAUCUUAGUCAAAGUUUCACACAGUUGAGGUAAUUCACCAUGAGUUAUUCUCCAUCCAGUCAGAACAACGUUACCAAGCCGGAUUGGUUAAGUCGUAUUGAGAAUAUGAAAGUCAAUCGUAAAGAUAUGAACAAACUAAUCAUGAACUAUUUAGUGUCUGAAGGGUUCAAAGAAGCAGCAGAGAAAUUUGAACAAGAAGCUGGUAUUAGCUCUCCACUGAAGUUAAAUACGCUGGGUAACAGAAUCAAAGUGAUCGAUGCCGUUCAAUCUGGUAAAAUGCAAGAAGCAAUUACGCUUAUCAAUCAGUUAUAUCCCGGACUUUUGGAUGAUGACCGUGGUCUAUAUUUUCAUUUACAGCAACUACAUCUUAUUGAAUUAAUCAAAGAAGGAAACAUUGAAGAAGCAUUAGUAUUUGCUCAGGCUAAACUAUCGGAGGUCGGAGAAGGUAACCCUGCAAUACUGACCGAAUUGGAAAGAACUCUGGCUCUAUUAGCAUUUGAAGAACCCCAAACUAGUCCUUUUGCCGACCUUCUUCAAAUUACACAUCGUCAAAAAGUAUCUAGCGAGCUAAAUUCUGCUAUUUUAAGAUUUCAUAACCAGCCAAUAAUUACACCCAAGCUGUACAAUUUGAUGAAAUUGAUAAUGUGGGCUCAAGAUGAAUUAGAUAGAAAGAAAGUUAAAUUUCCUCACAUGACCGACUUUGGGUCAGCCACUUUAGAACCUCCUAAAUGACGCUCUGCCGAUGAGUACGACGAUAUGUGUUGUGACUCUUUUUGGCUGUCUGACAAUAAGGAUUGAAGUUGGAGUGUACGCUUUUUUUUAAGAGGAUAUGUAUUAUAAAAAAAUGGACUACAUUUUUUAAUUCAUUUAAUUUAUAUUAUAUAUAAGAUUAAUAAAGUAUUUAACUAAUUUUUUAAGACAAGGAUUAUAAGAUCUACAAAAAUAUGUAAAUUAGGCUUUAAAAUGUACACAUUUAAUCGUUAAAAACUGUGUGAAAUUGUAUCACAUCAUUUUAUUC